GUUUCAUACAUUGGUCGUUUAAAACAUCAUUGUUGUUAAAGAAAUAGCGCACUUAAGGAUCAUUUGUAAUGUAAGAUGUCCAAUACAUAGUACGUGGAAACGAGUAUAAUCAUAAUAAAGUUAUUAAUUAACAAGAAGCUAAUGUUACACGCAGCGUUUUAACUCUCUGUUACCAUUUAGUUUGUGUUGUGGAGACAUGGCUAUUGGGUUAAUAAUAUUUUUCAGAUAUUAACGUGUACAUAUUAAAUAAUAAAAAAAUUCCUCCACUUUUAACAGUGAAGUUAUUCCGUCAAAGUGGGUGAUAAUAUUUUGACAAUGUCUGGAGAAGAUAACGUUCCUGAUUUGGAAGAGGAAAUGCUCCUACCCUACUUCCAUGUAAUAAAAGUGGAGAGUAAAGGAAUAAGAAACCGAAUAGCAGAGGCCUUUAACCAUUGGCUCAAGAUUCCUAAUGAGAAGAUGAAAGAGAUUAUUGAUAUCAUGGCCAUGUGCCAUAAUGGUACACUUAUUUUAGACGACAUACAAGAUGACAUAGAUGUUAGGCGUGGAAUUCCCUCAGCCCAUUGCGUUUAUGGAGUACCCAUGGCUUCGAAUUCUGCCAUUCAUGUCAUUGUCCUGGCUAUGCACAGGUGCUCUAAGUUGGGUCUAGAGGCACUAACAGUGUUUAAUGAAGAAGCACUCGAAAUAGUGAGGGGUCAAGGUAAAGAAAUCUAUUGGAGAGACACGUUCGUCUGCCCCACAGAAGCUGAGUAUAAGAAGAUGACAGAACAAAAAACAGGAGGAAUGCUGAACAUAGCUGUGAGACUGAUGCAGAUCUUCAGUGAGAAUACUAAUAAUUAUACGGAUUUAGGGAAGAAGCUCGGAUACUACUUUCAAUUAAUUGAUGAUUACUGCAAUAUUGGAGAACCUGAGAAGUUAGAGGAACGUCCUUCUGAUAAGGUGUUGCCAGAUUAUUAUAUGGAUUUGACAGAAGGAAAGUUUACAAUACCUAUCAUACACGCACUGAGAACCGGUAAAAGAGAGGCUGUUUUAAGUAUACUUAAGCAGAGACCAACUAAUUUAGACUUAAAACGUUACUUCGUGUCUCUUUUGGAGGAUCUCGGCAGUUUGGAGUACACAAGAAAGAUUAUUCGGGACUUGGAAGCCCAUUUGCGGAGUGAAAUUCGUCGUCUCGGUGGUAACCCACUUAUGGAUGCAGUGCUGGACCAAUAUAGUGUUUAAACAGACAUCUGGAGGUUAUAGAAUCUUCAUAAUCGUGAUAAUAUAAUAUUUUAUGACCAUUAUAAUUAGGUUACUACCAAUGUCUAUUAACAUUUUAUGUAUUAUAUAUUAGAAUACAUUCAUUAUAACAAAUGCUUUGUACUUGCAAACUUAUUGUUUAUACGAUCUCAAACAUAUGUGAUAUCCGAUGCUACAAAAAAACGAAAAUGUAUUUUACUUUUACUGUUGAAACGUCCAGGCCUUAAAAUCACGGAGUCAAUUGAAUUUUUAUGUGCACAAUUAACACUUAAUACUGUACAAGAAAACAUUGUAAUUGAACUGGCAUGUCUUAGAUCCAUUAUAUUACGAUAGGCGUUGUAAUUAGCAAAUCUAAUUAGUAAAAAUAAGAAAAGAAACCAAUGCAAUUUACAACGCUAGUGCAUAUGUGUGUGUAUGCCAGUAGAUAUUUAUUAAUAAAACUAAUUAUAAAACAUUUAUUGAAUAAUUACUAAUUAUAAUAGUUACAUGAAUUAUGGUGUGUUAUUUCUUCUGUCGAGUAACCAGGACACUGCGCUUUUCCGCCUGGCAGACGUCCAAAUAGGAUACAGACGGCAAUGAUUUGUCUGCAAUAGUUACUUCCGGUAUGCACCAUGUUACAAAUUUGCGCCCAAAACUGCUAUUUAGAAUCGGUCUGUUGGUCAAGGCCACUAUUAAAUCAUUACAUACAAUAAGGAUACGUAAAGCCUGAUUGUGUAGUUAACAGCUUUUCUACUCGAAUGCGUAGACACGCAACAUAUUACCUUUAUUUGUUCAAUACCAUUAAAACAUAAUCAUAAUGUGUUUUAAAUUUCUCACCCCUUGAUUAAUU